UUUACACUGACGCCAUGUAACACAGGGAGAAAAGAAAGAGGGUCGAGAAGAAAGUCAUUGUGAAAAAUCCAGACAUGAAAGAUUGCUGUGAAAGAAACAGUCUUGUAGGUCAACAACUUCAACACAGGAGAGGGAAAGUGCAGACCGCUCCUGUGCCUGAGGAUUGGACGGGCCUGAUCACCCGAGCCAAGCGCUCUCUCCUUUGGCGAUGGAAUACUCUGAAGCCCGUUGGCACAAGCUGCAGAGAGCACGACGAGUGUGGGACCAAAUACUGCAGGAAAAAGAUCUGUUCGUUCCAGGUUUAUAUAUCUUGAACUGAAUUAUAAAACUCUGGACACGGCCAGAACAACAAUCAAUGGAGCCUGUCAAUGGAGAAGCAACAAUCAAUGGAGCCUGUCAAUGGAGCCUGUCAAUGGAAUGCCUAACUGUACACACUGAUGUCACAGGAUUUUAAUUGGCUCGCCAAAUAUUUGGUAAAAACAGCUCGAUAACCACUUCCGAACUGAUUUUAAAAAAAAAAAUGUACCAGGUACAGUAAGUAAGCUGUAAAUGUUGUAAAGUUACGUGAACCCUGUGUCAGUAUGUCCAAUCAGAUAAUAGCAUUCCCAUUGGAGAUACUUCAUCUAUCCAAUCAACAAAAUGUUUUAAAACAAAAUACAGACGAUGCACUCAAACCAA